AUGGCACUGUUUACGUUUGGUGGAGAAGCAGUCGGAUCGCUUCAUACCUACGACUUCAUCUUGCCAGGUCAUUUAGCGCGCAACUGCUCCGGUUUUUUGGACACUCUCAAGCAUAACAGAAAUUCCGAGCAAAGUCUUAUGAUUCGACUACCCCAGGCAAUGUUUGCUGGUCUGGAAGACGUUGCAUUUCAAUUAUCUGUCUCUCAUAUUUGA